ACUCCUUAUUUACUGGUUACUCUAACAACCAACACAAUUCAUGCCAGCCAUAGAAGCAAGAGAGUUGCCUAGUGCGGUAGUGACCUAUGGUGGCUGUUAUAUUGGAGAGCCCUUGAGACAUUGUCAGUUUGGGAUAUCUACUAAGAUAUAGUAGACUAUUCGAGCGACCUCAUACCAACGUCAGAGAAUUUCAAGAGGAUGUCGGAGCAGGAGCUGCAGGAGAGAAAGGCCUCUGAACAGAUGGAGGAGGUAAAGGAAGAGAAGGCAGCACAUUGGGAACUGAAGAUGUCGAUAAUGAAGGAGUCAUUAGGAAUAAAUAAUUCAGGGCAAGUGCCAACUGAAGAAACCUCAUUUCACAUGUCUGUUUUUAACCUUAUCAACUCCACUAUGGGCAGUGGAAUUUUAGGACUUGCCUUUGUCAUGGCAAACACAGGAAUUCUAUUUUUUAUAAUCCUUUUGACUUUAAUGGCAUUGAUGACUACUUAUUCAAUCUAUCUUAUGUUGCUAUCUGGAGUUAGAACAGGAUUUAUGAAUUAUGAAGAGGUAGGUGAGAAACUCUUUGGCCUCAAAGGGAAGUAUUUGGUAUUUUUAACCAUCUUUAUGCAGAAUCUAGGAGGUAUAUUGAGUUAUCUUUUUAUAAUAAAAGAGGAAGCACCCAGUAUUAUAAAAGCUUUACUAGGAAAGGAAGAAACAUUUUCAGCAUGGUAUUUGGAUGGACGAUUGAUAAUAAUAUUCAUUACCAUUAUUUUAAUUUUUCCUCUCUGUCUCAUGAAGACAUUAGGGUAUCUUGGUUAUACCAGUUCAAUGUCUGUGGCUUGCAUGAUGUUCUUUCUCAUAGUGGUAAUAGUCAAGAAAUUUCAAAUUAGUUGCUCCUUUCCAGGAAAAGGAUUAUCAUCCUGUCAGGCAAAAUUAUUUGUACUAAACAAAAGGUCUAUUUAUGCUUUACCCACUACUGCAUUUGCAUUUGUCUGUCAUCAAGCAAUCUACCCAAUUUACAGUGAGCUUGAAAGGACUUCAAUGGAAAGAAUGAUGUUGGUUACUUAUAUUUCACUUGGAAUAGUAUUUUUCAUUUAUUUAGCAUCUGCACUCUUUGGCUACCUAACAUUCUAUGAACAUGUACAUUCAAGUCUACUUCAUACAUACUAUAGCAACGAUCUUACUAUCCUAUUAGUACGAGUGGCAGUAGUACUGGCAAUCAUCUUCACAAUUCCAAUGUUAUAUAUCACAAGUCGUAAAUCUCUAAAUCAGAUGAUUGAGGACACAGAGUUCAGUUUUCCUAAGCGUAUACUUAUUGCUGCGGUAACCUUAUCUCUUUGUGUCCUUUUGGUAAUCUUAAUACCCAGCUUAAAAGAUAUUUUUGGAAUGCUAGGAGCAACAACUUCUAACAUGAUGAUUUUCAUUAUUCCUUCAAUUCUGUUUUUUAAAGUAGCAACCCCGAAAAAUGACAAAUACAAUCGAAAAUGUGUGGUCGUUUUCUUAAUAUUAGGAAUUGUAUUCAGCUUAUUGACCAUUCCUUUAGUCAUCUAUGAUUGGGCAACUUCUACAUAAAAAACUGAAUCAGAGCCCCAUUAAAAUUGGAAAAUGAUAUACUCCUGUUGGCAGCUUAUCCAAUUUACCUUCAAUCAAGUUUUCUCCUCAGUUGCCUUUUUAACCAGUUUCAACAACGAAAAGAAAUCUAUAAAUAGAUGAAAAUAUCUAAUCAGACAUCCAUUUGAAAUAAUUAUAUCCUCCUGAUGUUUGGAAUUACUUAAAAGGAUCUGACAGUAUUUCAUAUUUUUUUUGUGAUCUUAUUUUUCAUAACCAUUUACUUGUAAUUUGUCCACCUCUAGUUCAUAGUCUCUUAGGCCUUUGAAAAAAAAUCUUCAAUCCUUGAGCCCGGAAUUUUAUUUAUUAAACAUUCUAAUUAAAAAAUAAUUUUCCUACUGAUAUAUAACAAAGACACGAAGUAGGUGCCAGUUCCUAUUCUCAAUACUUGAGACUUUAAUGGAAAUAGUGAAGAGCACCACUCCCAUAGCUUGGCAGAUAUAAAAUAUUUCAUCAUACUCCUAUACAGAGACAAAACGAUCUCCCAGAUGAAGUGGAAUUAUAAUUUUGAAACACAUCUUAAAGGCCAAAUUUGUGAUCAUUUCCUUAAGAAUGACAAAGUAUAACCCUUUUAUCUGCCUAUGCCAAAACUUCAAUGCUCCAAGUCAAUUUCAAUUAAGGGUGUAGUGCCUUUGUAGUAAUGCAUAUAUAAGGAAUCAUUUAAUAUUUUGCCUAAUAUGUCCAGAAAAUUAUAUUUUGCUGAUGUGAUGUAAAAACCCUAUAGUUUUAUUCAUACCCCCUAGUUUUUACACCAAGAAUACCUUAAUGUCUUGCUAAUUAAAGAUGAUUUAAAAUUUGUGA